AUGAUCAAGAACCCAGCAGUCGCCGGUCGUACCGUACCCGUGGAAUAUGGCCACCAGAAGGAAGCACCUAAGAUGCAAUAUGUUCGGCUUGGAAACAGUGGUCUGAAGGUCUCCCGCUUGAUUUUCGGAACAGCGACCUACGGGUCCAAAUCUGAUGUUGCCUGGCGUAUCGAAGAGGAGGAAGCUCUCAAGCACCUCCAGAAAGCUUGGGAUGUAGGUUUCAAUACCUUCGACACGUCCAACUUCUAUUGCAAUGGAGUUAGCGAAGAAAUUCUUGGGAAAUUCCUCCAGAGAGUCCCGCGAGAGGCUGCCGUCAUUAUGACCAAGGUUCACUUUCCUGUCGGCGAUUCCACCAAGUCAGGACCCGCGGGGCUGACGCUUUCGUCUGGAAAUAACAGAAAGCACAUUUUUGAUAAUGUUAAAAGUGCACUCAAACGCCUUCAAACUGAUUACAUCGACGUUCUUCUGCUGCAUCGUUUCGAUUAUGAGACACCAAUCGAAGAAACCAUGCAGGCUCUCCACGAUGUCGUCCAAGCUGGAUACGUUCGGUAUAUUGGCAUCAGCAGCUGCUGGGCUUGGCAAUUCCAUGCAAUGCAGAACUAUGCGAUCUCGAACAGACUGACUCCCUUUAUCGUUUGUCAGAAUUUUUACAAUUUGCUGUACCGUGAGGAGGAGCGGGAAAUGAUGCCUCUCCUGAAGUACCUCGGAGUGGGCUCCACCCCCUGGAGCCCAAUGGCAAAGGGCCAUCUUACUCGGCCAUUGGAUCGUGCUUACGAGACUGUUCGCUCGACUUCUGACGCGUACCAUGAUGAAGCUAUAAUGGGGGUUGAGUGGGAAAGAGAGAUCAACAAGCGUGUCGAAGAGCUUGCGAAGAAGCGUGGCCUCCCUAUGGCUAAUAUCGCUCUAGCAUGGGUUCUCCACAAAGAUUCAGUUGCGGCUCCUAUCGUUGGUUGUUCGAAAAUCGAGAGAAUUGAGGAAACACUUGCCGCAUUGAACGUGAAGCUUUCCGAGGAGGAAAUCAAAUACCUCGAAGAGCCUUACCAGCCACGUCCCACUGUCGGCUUCACUUAA